GUGAUCGCCUUAGGUCUUCCCGUUCCACGCUACAAGGGGAACCCUCUCGACCCACCGCUACGAUCACGUUUUCAAGCCAGGGAUGUCAACCCCAUUCCCUUCAAGGACCACCUGGAUCUUCUAACAGAGGCAGCACCAAACAUAUCUUCUGACAAAACCUCCCUGAUGUUGUCCUUUGCUACAACCAUGAUAUCACAAGAGUCGUCAUCUCUGGGGCUCCCUGACUUCCCUACAGAUAACCUUGUUAGUGCUGCUAAAAUCCUGAGUGCCCUUCCAGAAGCCUCAGCUCAGAGAUUGUUACACAGACUUUAUCCAUACGAUGUCAUUCUGGGUAAAGAAGGUAGAACAGCCGUGGAAGAUACAUUAAAGAAAUUCGAACUGUUUGAAAAAGAUGCUGAGAGACUAUCACAGAAAGUAGUUGGAGUGGACAGACUACCGGACAAGUCUGGCGCUGUGGUAGAGAUGGAAAUCAACGGGAAACAGUAUCAACUUCAAGUGCCCACAGGAAGUGAAACUGAUGUUGGUUUGAGUGCCUCAGACUUCGUAAACACUCCCUACCACCAGAACCUUCUGGCAGAUAUGGUCCAAUCCCACUUUGUCAAAGACUUCUGUGUCAUCGGUGCAAAGGGAUGUGGAAAGAGUGUUGUAGUGAGAAGAUUUGCAGAUAUGCUUGGUUAUGAAGUGGAACCUAUAAUGCUGUAUCAGGACAUGACAGCUCGUGACUUGUUACAACAGAGGAUCACCCUCCCCAACGGUGACACAGCCUGGAGACCCUCACCACUGGUCACAGCAGCACUGGACGGGAGUAUAGCACUACUGGACGGUAUCCAUAGGGUCAACCCUGGCACUCUGGCCAUCUUACAGAGGCUUGUCCAUGAUCGUGAAUUGACACUUCACGAUGGCACCAGACUUUUGAGACAUGACAGAUACGAAGCAGUGAAGACAGAACACCAAAUAGCUGAUGAGGAAAUGGCCAAAAGGAUGAUUUUCCCCAUCCAUCCUUCGUUCCGUAUCGUCGGAUUGGCUGAGCCUCCGGUGGUGGGCAGCAGCACGCAGCAGUGGCUGAGCGCUGAGCUGCUGACCAUGUUCCUGUACCAUCACAUGAGACCACUGUCCAUGGCUGAGGAGAUGGCAGUGGUACAGGGCAUGGUCCACAAUGCCCCCAAGUCUGCAGUAGAACCACUUCUCACACUCACUCAUGACCUCAGGGAUUCUGGGGACCACACGGUACUGUCCCUGUCCUCUUCACUGUCCACACGACAACUCCUGCGCAUGUCCCGACGGGCGGCCCAGUUCCCACAGGAGAACCUGAACGAAGCUGUCAACAAGGCCUGUCUAUCAAGAUUUCUGCCAAAGCUAGCUCGAUCAGCACUUGAGAAAACUUUGUCUGAUGCUGGAAUCCAAGCCAGUUCCUCCCAGGAAAAGGACAUUGAAAAGAUGCUGUCAUGUGAAGUUAAGGAUGGCCAGGUGAGGAUAGGUACCACCACGGCACAGGUGUACGACCCUGAGAACAGAAUGAAGGUGCCUGAUGUGCUGUUCUAUGACAAUGCACAGCACCUUUCCAUAAUGGAGGACAUGCUAAAAGACUUCAUGUUGGGGGAACAUCUCCUGCUUGUCGGCAAUCAGGGUGUUGGAAAGAACAAAAUUGUGGAUCGAUUCUUGUACCUGUUGAACCGACCAAGAGAGUACUUGCAACUUCACAGAGAUACCACAGUGCAGAGCCUCACCCUACAGCCAAAUGUCCAAGACGGCGUCAUUGUGUAUGAAGAUUCACCACUGGUUCGUGCAGUUAAGCUUGGCCACAUACUGGUAAUAGACGAGGCUGACAAAGCACCCACCAACGUGACGUGCAUACUAAAGGCACUGGUGGAGAGUGGGGAAAUGAUCCUCGCGGACGGCAGGAAAAUUGUCUCAGGAAAGUCAGCCCAGGCCCACCCAGGGAAAGCCAACAUCAUCGCUAUGCACCCAGACUUCCGUAUGAUUGUUUUAGCCAACCGACCUGGGUUCCCCUUCUUGGGCAAUGACUUCUUUGGUGCCAUGGGUGAUAUCUUCAGCUGCCAUGCAGUUGACAACCCCAGCCCAGACUCAGAGAUGUCCAUGCUGCGUCAGUACGGCCCUAACGUCCCAGAACACAUCCUCAAGCGACUUGUUCAGGCGUUCGGCGAGCUACGUGACAUGGCGGACCAGGGACUCAUCUCUUACCCAUACUCCACCAGGGAGGUUGUCAACAUUGUCAAACAUCUAGAGGAAUUCCCAGAUGAAGGCCUGGCCAGUGUUGUGGGAAACGUCUUUGACUUUGACUCCUACAACAAAGAGAUGCAGGAAGUACUGGUGUCCACCCUACAGAAACAUGGCAUCCCUAUAGGGGCACGGCCUGACAGUGUCAACCUCGCUAAAGAAUUCACCCUACCGGCCCCCAAACUUGUUUCUCAAUGGAACAUCCAGACUGGAGGCAGCAGUAAGAGGAAACUUCUAUGUCCAGUGGAGGAGGAGAGACAUCUGAAGAUCAGGGGCCCUGUGACAAUGCCUCUGUACAAGUUCCCAAUGGAGAGAAUGGAGGACAGGUCUACAGAGUUUAGUGAGCUGGUGGCCCACUGGUACAUCCCCACCCACGAGACCAACAUCAUUGGGGAUGUGGCAGUCACCAAAGGGUCCGCGUCUGACAUAGUUCAUGUGACCACCCUGAACCCCAUCUCAGUCUACAGUAUGAACACCAAUGGGAAGACCAUACGACAGAUUGACCUUUACGAUGUCUUUCCCGGUCUGAGGUCAUGGCAGCCCAGUGUGAAGGUGGCAGCGCUCGGAGGUCCCUUAGAAGGCCAGGUGCUUCUACAUGAAGAAAAGACCAAUGUAGUGUUACUGAUUGACAGCAUGACAGGGGACCUCAGGAGACUGUUUCUCACCAAUGUGGUGGAGAAUGCUACAAGGAAGGUCUCCAGCUACUUCAGUGAACAGGAGAAGUACAAAAUGUGCUCUGAAUUUGCUGAUGAGAACUGGGUCGUCUUCUUUCAAGAAAAUGGGAACAAGUUGGACGUGGUGAAUGUCCUGGAUGGUACGGCCUACUCUGUGUCCGUCCCACUGACCAUAGCAGACGUCCACCUGGUUUCAGCUGAUCACUUCCUGCUCACAGAUGCAGAUAAAAACAAGAAGUUUCUCCUAACAAGACCAUAUGAAGGUUCUCCUGUGAGCCAAUUACAUGCCAUCAAUGAAGAUGGGAUAGUUGUUGGCCAGGAAACUCUCCUUGUGAAGCCUGCUCAAGUGAAUGCGGUCGGAAGGGAAGGUCUCUCUGACAGUCAGCUGAGCACAGCGCUGGAUCAGAAGAUCAGUUCUCCCAACAGGAUUGUCGGAGACGAGGCCAACUAUGCUUCCAUUAUCAUUGGCUUCCCCGAGUUACUGUCUGGGAAUGAAGUUUACACUUUCCCGAGAAAAGCAGAGGAUGAAAAUGAAGACCCCACCAAGCAAGACCCGUUCUUUAAGGGCAGACCCAAACCUCCCAACAGAGAGACAGAGGUCCUCCCUGGCUCAGGACAAGUCGUCAGGAUUGUUCCUCAUUGGAAGGCACCGAAAGAACUCAAAGGAGAACUUGGUCACCUGACCCACAGUUUUGCUGGCUUACUAGAAGUUGUAGACAUGGGUGCCAAGAAGGUUCGCUAUAUUCCAAUCCCAAGAGCCCAAUCAGUGUCUCCGUAUGUCUCCUGGCUGGCCAACAUGUCUGAUGUCAACGUUGUCAUGGCAACAGCCAGCCGUGAGGGGCUGGUUACCGUGGACGCAGGAGGGUGUGUCAGGCUGUGGGAGACGGGAUUGGCCAAUCUGGAGAGGUCCCUUGGGGAAUGGAGGCACAUGAUUGGUCAACAGGAUGGCAGACCCCUUCAGGUAACCUAUGAACGUGAACUUGGGAAGAAACCAGAAAGCCCCAAACAUGGAAAGGUGGAUCCUACAGGUGCUCCACAUGUAGGUGGGAACACAUGGGCAGGUGGAACAGGUGGCAGAGAUACAGCAGGGUUAGGAGGUAUUGGUGGUCCCUACAGACUGGAUGGGGGAAACCCUGUGUACCAGGUACCUGACUGGGAGAAAGAACAGGUUCCAGAGGAGGUUAAAAGGGCAGCCAGAGAAAUGGCCAAGAAAGCUUUUGAAGAAAGGUUGAGAGAGAUAAAGAUGAGUAAGUAUGAUGCUGAGUCGUAUGAGAAGAUCUCAGGAGGAGUGAAGAGACAGGUGCAGUCUCUACGUGUCAUCCUGGACAGUCUGCAGGCUAAGAGUAAAGAGCGCCAGUGGCUGAAGCACCAGACAUCAGGGGACCUGGACGAGGCUAAACUGAUUGAAGGACUGACGGGGGAGAAGGCUAUCUACAAAAGGAGGGGGGAACAGGAACCUGAGUUGGGCGCCCCACAGGAGAAACCCAAGAGGUUACGUCUUGUCGUGGACGUUAGCGGCAGCAUGUACCGCUUUAACGGGAUGGACGGACGUCUGGAGAGAAUGAUGGAGGCCGCCUGUAUGGUCAUGGAGGCUUUCGAGGGGUACGAGCAGAAAUUCAAGUUUGAGAUCUAUGGUCACUCUGGAGAUGGUUACAACAUUCCUGUCAUCACAGAGAAGAAGAUGCCACAAAACAACAAGGACAGACUGGAUGCACUCAAGACUAUGCAUGCCCACUCCCAGUUCUGUAUGAGUGGAGACCACACUUUAGAGGCCACAGAACAUGCCAUCUCCAACAUUGUAAAGGAUGAGGCAGAUGAGUACUUUGUGAUCGUGUUAAGCGAUGCUAACCUGGACAGAUACGGCAUCUCUCCCCGACUCUUCUCAAAGGCACUGACAGCAGAUGAGAACGUUAAUGCCUUCGCCUUGUUCAUUGGAACACUGGGAGACCAGGCAGAAAGAUUGACUCGAAGUCUCCCAGCAGGAAAGGCCUUUGUCUGCCUGGACACCAAGAACAUCCCCCAGGUCCUGCAGCAGAUCUUCACAUCAACCAUGCUGGCUACAAAAUAGAUUAUACAUUAACUACCAACAACAUACUAUUCUCAAGUGUGUCCAUAGUGUAACUAUAAUAUUAGCAUGAAAGUUCAUCUGUCUUGGUAAAUAAAAUCAUGAAAAAAAUGUUCUCCAACUUAGCAAAUUUCAUUCACCAGAAUCUUUGAAUCUCUCAAUCUUCUCAGCUAUCUGACCCAGGUGCUGUAGACGAGAAUCUAGAAGGUUGGUGUGUUCAGAUGUACAUGUAGAUGGCUUCCUUCACUUUUCUCACAAAUUCUGUGAUUGAAAUGACUCAAGUUGGAUAACAGUUUAUUUUUCUCAUUAGAUUGAAUUUCUCAAGUGUAUCCCUAAUAUAAUCAUAAAAUAUCUUGAUAAUUUCAUCAGGUUGGGUCACUGGAUAACAGGGUUUUUUAAAAUUCACAACCAAUAUAUUAUACUAGUAUACAAUCAUAUGUUAUGUAUCAAAUCUUUGUGCCUACUUAAGGUUCUCUCUACAUAUCUAUAGUAACCAUACAGAGGUAGAGUUGCACUUCUGGAAAGAAUUGCUUUAUUCCUUGUCACCUUAUUCUAUUUUACAUAUAUUAAGUAAAGGCUCCUGAUACAAAAAGUUACUGAAGCAAUCAUAACUGCAUACAGUGUAAGUUUAAUUUGUAGAUGGUCAGAUGCUGCAGACAACAUUCAUUAUCUUUUGUCAGUGACAAAACUUAUGUAUUGUGUGUCUUAUUGCCUUGGUGUCUAACAUUCAUUGAACAAUCCUACAAGUUCUAAGUGGUACUAGUAUUUUGGACAUUGCUAUUUUAUUACCCUCAAGCUAACUCUAACAUGGAAAGAUACGAUGAUGGAAACAAGUGAUAAUAUUUUUAUCAAAGUACAUUUUGCCAAGCUAUAAUAUGUAUACUGUAAGAAAUAAGAUUUUUCUGUGGUAUAUCUUAUUUAUGUACAAUUUUAUGAACUCUGUUGAGCAGAGUGUUUUAAUCAUGACAGGUAGAGUUGGUUUGACUUUGGUUAAGUCCGACAAUGAGAUAUUAUAUAGAAUAUGGUGAUUUGUCAUCUAUGUCAUUUUUUGUUGGAUUAUUGUAUUCAAGUUCUCGAGUGAAACAAGCCAUAGUGACUGAUCAUGAAUAUUGUAUUACAGCAUGAAAACAAUGGGAUAUUGAUUGUCAGAUUUUAGUCACGAAUCAUUCAUCUGAUGAAGGUCGGAGUAUUCGGCCGAAAAUUUAUGGUGAGUUUCUUUCUUUGUGUUGAAACAAAGUUUAAACUGUUCACUAUAAACAUUACCCAUAUUCAGGAAAAUAAGAA